AACCCGGCAACUACUCUUAAGUCAUGUGGGUCGUUUUAAUUCUUGCAUUGUUCGGACAGGUGUCGGAAGGGAUUUUGAUACCCCAUGCUGAGCAUGGUAUACCUAUGUUACAUCGACGCAUUCCAAUAAUGCCGUCUUCCCUCAACACGCACUUAGGAUCUCAUAUCAUCAACCCACUCAUAGGUAGGCGUAGAGGUAUGGUUUCAAAUAUCUUCGAAGGUAUCCUUGGAGGCAGCAAUCUCCCAAUCGAUGCACAUAUAGAUGAACCUAUCGAACGCCAGGGACUUGACCAUGGUCACGUGGGCGACAAUUGUCAGCACAAGCAGUUCGGAUGUGACCAAAUCGGCUAUCACUGUGUGCAGACUGCCGAACACAGCUAUAGCCAAUGUACCGAUGGCCAAUCAGCUCACUGCCAUUGCAAGCGAGGAUGUAUGCAUAAAGGAUUCUUCAUCCAGAACCUAAAAAAGAGGGAUUAUCAUGCGGAUUGCAGGGUCUGUUACUGCAUUGAAGGGAAACUGACGUGUACACGGUUACGACGAUCGCGCCGAUGUCGGAGGAACAGGUACAACAGAUUCAGUCGUGGUGGAUUUUAGGUACAUCGAUGCUGCGUUCGGGAACUGCGAGUGUGACAGGCUUGCUCUUCAUCAGCUAAUGUACCCAGCACCUGCUCUAGUGCGAUCAUCUCACACCUGAACGCUGUUUCAAUGGUCCUCAUCAUAGGGAUCGAACGCACCAAGGAACGGACACAGUCCUGUCUCUCGUAAAUUGCACCCGUUAACGUGUGUAAUCAAUAAAAGAAUAUUGUUACCUA